AUGAUUCGUUUUGCAAUCCUAGUUGUUUUGUUUCUUUUUUGUUUUACACCAUCCUAUGCAACCAAAGGUGUGGAUGUAGAAGCUAUUUGCAUGAAAUCAAAAAUUCCUUCUUUUUGUGUAACUCUUCUCAAAUCAAAGCCCGGUGGUGUAGGUGAAGACCUUAGUAGUCUAGCAAAAUACACCAUUGACGUACUUCGUACAGAUGUGUCGAAUACAAUUGAUCUACUCACAAAAUUAAUUGCGAAAAGUGAUGGUGACCCCAUGAAGCAAAACAAAUACAAGAAUUGUUUGUCUCUUUUUGGAUCGGAGGACGGGGCUCUAAGUGAAGUUGAAGAGGCUCUACAAAUGUUGAAGAAUUUGGAUUAUAAUGGUGUGAAUGUACAUAUGAGUGUUGUCAUGACAAAUACUGAUGAAUGUCUUACAGGAAAUUCAGAAGAUUCAUCGGAUCAAGAUACCCCUGAGCUUUCGAAAAAUGUCGGUGUUGUCGACCAAGUUGCUCAAAUUAUCCUUAUUAUGUCAAAUAUGCUUAGAAAUUAG